GCAAUUCAGUACCUUGACUCGGAGUCUGGUAAAAGUGUUAACCCGCGGUCAUCAUGAGAGGCUUGCCCUGCUUGGCAUUGUUUGGAGCUAUCUUCCUGGUCAUGGUCCUCGAAACAGCUGCUCGCAGACGUUUCCGAGAUGUGUUAACUGGUGGUAGCAAAUUAUCAUUCUUACGGCAUUCUGGACAUCUGGCUGGAUGGCUUCCUGACAGUAACAUCUGGAAUGAGCACAUUUAUCCCUAUUGGAGGAGAAAUGAUGUCCGAUGGAAAAACUGCUGGAAAGGAGGAGAGGUCGUGGCCCACUUGAGCAAUGAUGGGCCUACUCUAGUUAGAGCGAAUGUAACCUUUAACGUGGUGCUUAAAUUACCUAAGUGUCAAAAGGAGGAUGAUAAUGGUGACAUCAUUUAUGAUAUAAACUGCAGAAAUGCAUCUUCAUUCUUUCCUGGUCAAUAUGUGUAUAACUGGACUUCCUGGAUUGAUGAGUAUGGUUGGUUUAACUGCACCAAGUUUUCCAAAUGUAAUGUUUUCCCAGAUGGUCAUCCUUUUCCUAGACAAAUGGAUUGGAGACAUAAGAACUUUGUUUAUAUUUGGCACACACAAGGCCAAUACUAUCAAAAUACUGGGCGAUCCAGUAUGACCCUCUCUGUCAAUACAACCAACAUCACACUUGGUGACCAUAUGAUGGUGGUGUUUGUUUAUCGAAGAGAUCAUCAUCGAAACAAAUACAUCCCAAUUGCAACAGCAAGUGGUCCAUACACAGUUACAGAUCAUAUUCCAAUGUAUGUGCGUAUUUCACAAAAAAACAAUCGUAAUACCACUGCUAAUGUCUACAUCAAGGACUUAAAUGUUGUCUUUGAAGUUAAAAUUCAUGAUCCCAGCAAUUAUCUGAAAAAUGCCGCCAAAUCAUAUAGUUGGAAUUUUGGUGAUGGUCAUCAGUCUUUAUCAAAAAGUCCAACUGCUCUUCACAACUACACUAGGACAGGGCAUUUCAGUCCUAAGCUGAUCGUUAAAGCAAUUAUACCAGUUUCCUGUGGCUCUAUUAUACCAACCACAUUGAGCCCUACAACUAUACCAAGUCGUACGACUGAACGGAGCACUACGACUGAACGGAGCACUACGACUGAACGGAGCACUACGACUGAACGGAGCACUACGACUGAACGGAGCACUACGACUGAACGGAGCACUACGACUGAACGGAGCACUACGACUGAACAGAGCACUACGACUGAACAGAGCACUACGACUGAACAGAGCACUACGACUGAACAGAGCACUACGACUAAAUUGAGCCCUACAACUGAACGGAGCUCCACAACUGAGCAGACCACUACAACUAAAAGGAACUCUACAACCAAACUGAGCCCUACUACCAAUGCAGACCCUACAACUGUUGCUUCAACAACAAUCGCUAAUAUCUGUGGCAUAAACUGUCCACUGCAGCUGGAGAAGAGAGAUGCUUCUGGGUUAGCCUGUAACCUCUACAAAUAUGGCUACUUUGAAACAAACAUCACAAUUGUAGAUGGAAUCGUUGGAGUCAGCAUUGUUGAGAUGACCAAUGUUCAGAUCUCCACAGAACUUCAACACAAUUCCAUGGUGAAUUUUGUUGUCACAUGUAAGGGCAGUAUACCUACUGAUGUAUGCACAAUGAUUGGAGAUAGUUCAUGCAUGGCGCUGCAAAACAUGAUCUGUGACCCUGUUGAGGCAGUUGACACAUGCUAUCUGACCCUUCGUAGACGCUUCAAUGAAUCUGGCAUCUAUUGUGUGAAUAUCACAUUGAGUGAUAAUACCAGUUUAGCUGUUGCUAGUACUCUAGUAUCAAUUGGAGGUUCUAGCAAUGUGACAGGAUUGGAAAGCGUCUUAAUAUUUGGUGCGUGCCUGGUGGUUCUUAUCAUUGGUGUGGCCUCUUUUUUUUAUAGGCGUUACAAAGAAUAUACGCCGAUUGUUAGACGGGUGAGUGACAGGAGUAAACAACUGGUAGUGAAUAAUGGUAGUGCCAGUGUGUACUUCAGUAACCUGAAGACUUUUCUCCUCUUUGGAAAUGAUGAGAAGAGCCCCCUACUGAGGAAACCUGCGGUCAUUUAAUCAGAGCUACUCAUCCAAGCAGAAGUGUGCUCCAGGGACACUUGCUCCAGAAGUGUGCUCCAGCUUUCUGUUUGGGUACUUGCAUUGCUUCAGCAAACCUUGAGUAUAGAAAUAUCGUAUUAAACUGCUUAGUCUCUCUUUACAAGUAGAUUUCAAUAUAAAAUACUUGAAAUCCAGCUUUUUCUCACUCUGCCUGAUGACACAAAUCUGUAUGUUUAUAAAUAUUAUAUUAAUUCUGCAACUGUAAAUGUUAGAAGUGAACUUUUUUAAUGCAGUUCUGUGGAAUAGUAAAAGUGUUCAUUUCAUUGUGCUACAAAUUGACAUUUGUUUUCAUCCCAGAUGUUAUAGUGAUAGUAAAAUGCCAGUUCCAACGCAUUUACUUAUAGACCUGGAUUGUAUUUACUGGAUUUCCAUUGACACCACAUUGCUAGUGUUCAGAAUCUAUACAAAAGGGAUGUUCAGAAGUACAAACAAAUGGGUUUCUGCAUACUUGCUUGGAUAUAGGGCCGCUUUCUCAAUGAGGUGGUUGGCAAAUUAACAUUUCCGCUUGCACCUCUUAGACUGGUGCCCAAAGGCUUUGAAACAGAUAAUGGCAAAUACACUACUGUAUUGUUUGCAAUAAUAAAUUAUAAAAAAAAAA